AUGAAAGUAUUGUUGGCACCCCUCUCAAAUCUGCGUGACAUCUAUUAUGACCGUCUUCUCACACAGGCCACAAACAUUCAGCAGGAUCACUCUCAUCCUGGAAACCCCUUUCUGUCAGCCUCCACUCAGGUAGACUGAGAACACUCCCCUCAGGUAGACCCCAGGAACACCGAAUAAUAGGUUACGGAACAACUUUUUUCCCAGAGCUGUGGACAGGCUACAGAAGCCAUAGCUACUUCUAUCAAUCCAGCUUCCCUCACACACAUGUACACACAUACACGUACUGUAGGGUUCAAAUUAUUAUUAUUAUUAAUUUUUUUUACAUUGCUGUGACCUAAACCGAGACUUACAUAAUAAACACAUUAUGCUUAAUGCUUACUGAUUAUUGAAUAAAGUGUUUAGAUUAAAAAACAAACAAACAAACAAAAAUACAGAAUGAUAGAAACACAUUCAGUCUGCAUUUCAGGCCGUGCAUUUAUCAUACGUUCCACCCUCAGUACCUAGUGUUGCGUCAUUGCCUAAUAGGCGUCUUUAUUAUUCGCGCCAAAAUUCAAACGUAAUCAAAAGACCGCCAAAUUACGCGCAUUCAGGAGAGAGACCAACGGAUGAUGAACAUGUUCGCCCUUGUCGAGUGGAAAGAAGAAACGGAUAAUGAAAGUUGGAGCAUUGUUCCAACGUCACACAUAAAAAACUUCGAUAAUAAUGAUUUCUUAGACGGACUGGAUGACACAUCCGUAUAUUUAAUUAAGUGGAGAGGAGGACUGAAGAAAAAACCUAAAGGCGGAUGGCCUUUGUACGAGGCAACGGUGCAUAAAAUUGCAGAGAAACAGUGCACCCUAGAAAAACUAAUGAGGACACAACGUCAGUCCAGUCCAAAACUUCUGAGCAAAAGAAAAUGCAGGCCAAACCCUAAGUUUGUUGAAGAGGAGACCAGCAAUGAUGGACCAUCUAGCCCCAAAAAGAGGCAAACUAGUGAUGGAAAUUUGGACAGGGAGCUUUUGGAGAAAAUAAAAUUACCCCAUGGACCUCGAUUCCCUUCAGCUACAACUUCAGUUGUUCCACCUUCACCUACCUCACCAUCUUCUGCCUCACCACCGCUGCCUAACUGUCCACCUACACCACCAUCAGCUCCAUCUUCACCUGCCUCAUCAUCGUCUACUUCACCUCCACCUACCUCACCUUCUUCUGAUCCUCCUUUGCCAGACAUCAUAGCACAAUUAAAGGCAGAAAAUGAAGCCCUCAAAAUGGAAUUAGAGAAUCUAAAAACAAAUGUUGUCAGUCAAAUGCCAAAACUCCUCAGUAUAAUGUGCAAGCUGGGGGAAUGGCUUGAAGGGAAGGAGCAGAGCCCACAGAAACAACUGGCAUCACCUUCCACCAUACAGGAAACUCUUGAAAUUCACCCAGGCUCAGGAGUUUGUGUGACAAAAAAAUGUGUUCUGGUCAGCUAGCCAUGCAAACAGCCCCACUACCAUGGCACGGAUGCUUCUCCUUGGAGUAUUUGAUAUUGAGACACUUCUAAAGAGCAAUCUAGGGGUGGGCGAUAUGACCAAAAUCUUAUAUCAUGAUAUGAGUAAUUUUAUAUUAUGAUAAUUAUAUAUAUCAUGAUAUAGUUUAGUCUUUUAAUAUGUUUUUUAGAUAUUAAAAUCUUUGAUACCAUAGAUUUUUCAUAAUUCUUAUCACCAGUGUC